AUGGUUGUUGGUAGGCAAUCCCCAGGGCUGGAGCUAUUCAUUCAAAUUUCUUUCUUCUCUGUUCUCCAACUGCAAACAACUGACAGCAGCAUCGCCCGACAGCUUUCAGUUCCCUUCCAGCAUGCCACGUUGCGCGUUCGUGGUGGUUGUGGAGCUCUUACUGACAGCAUAUUCGUGGCAAGUGACGGGCAGUUCUUCCGAAGGUUGAACACAACCGCCGCUGGCAGUGAGCAGAUGGAGGACGACUCGUUGCCUGCGGUCAAGAUCAUGGGGCGAACUGCGAAACCGAGCAAUGUCAGCCGUCUGAUGAGAGAGAUCGCAUUCCACCAGGGCUAUCAUUUCGAUUGCCCGGAGAGCAAGGGGUACAAGUUCGAGGGCUGGAUUGACCUCAUGACAGCCUACCAACAUCUCAACGGAACGGAUGAGUGGGAAGAGAUGAAGAAGUUGGCAGAUCCGAGUGAAGUCGCUGCAUUGGAUCGACGUCUCCAAAGGAGGAAGCUCCAGAGCGCGCUGAAAAGUGAAGGGGACUUCAGUCAUGAGCUUGCAAAGAGAUCGUUCCUCGAGACUGAGGUUCCGCAGCUGAAGAAUGCGCUGACUUCCAGGCUCUUACGGAGGAACCAGAGUUACUUCUCGAUACACUCGAACCCCAACAACCUCCGUGGAGGCUCGGACCUUGACGACAUUCUGAUGGACGACGCCAAGUGGUUGGAAGACAUGAAAAGUACUCGACCAGAUCUGUUCUCAGCUCCUGCUGCGGCCCCCGCACAAGCGCCGAGUGCCCAGAGCGGUCAGGCCGGUGAGGAGGAGGUGGAGAAUCCCGAGAAGAAGAGGAAGCUUUCGGAAGUGAGGCAAAGCAAGUCGGAGAAGGCUAGGGCAUUGAAGCAAGAGGCAAAGAUGAGGCAGAAACUCCAGCAGGAGGCGGAGCAACAAAGGCUGCUGGAACUUCAAUCGAAGGUGCAACCGCCUACCAUCGUCAUUGCCUCUGAAAAUGCAAAGGCGGGAGAGGAACGCGAGAGCGAACAGGAACAGGUUCCCAAGUCCUUGGCAGAUGGUUUCAACCUCGAUCUUGGCAACGAGGAUGAAAAUUUUGAGAAUCUUGCGAGGCAGUGGGGAACGCAGUCGGACGUGAAGGAGCCGGAAGGAGCUGGGGAGCUUAAGGGCGAUCAACAAAGUGAGGAGCUCUCAGAGUGGUCGGAGGAGGAGGGAGAAGGACCAGAUGGUACAAGGAUGGCCGAUGGAAAGAAGGAAGCGAAGAAAAUGGUGGCAAAGGACAAGGGAAAGACGACCGCAGACAAGUCAGGAGGUGAUAGUGAUACUUCGAGGGAUCACUUGUGGAUCGAAGACCUCAACGCCUCUGCCAGGGCAGCCAACUUGACGCUCUUUGACUACUGCAAGUUUGUCAAGUCGAAGCCGAACGAUCAUUCGUUGGAGCUGUGGUCGCUUGCUCGAAGGUACAUCAACCGAGAGCUCAAGCAGUUCAAACGAUUUCACGUCAUGGCGUUUGACGACAUGAUGAUGGAGUCGAUCGAGCUGGCUAGGAACAAUUCGUACCACAACGCCUACCAGCUCCAGUUCAUGCGCAUGUUUGAGAGGAGGAAGAUCCUAAGAGAGGAGGGGCUCCUGCUGAACGAGGACGCGGCUGACAACUCUAGCCGUGAAGUUCUGAGAGCCGGGUGGGAGGCAAGAGACAAAGCGCUUCUGCAGCUGCAGAAGCAAUCCCCGUCGGGGUUUAUCAGGGAGGAGGUGUCUGCCAGGUUCAACCAGACUGUCCUGAUCGAGAACGGGGUGGUAGACGAGAGCCUCCUCCUCUCCCACAGCGAUGACUUCUCAUCGUUUGACAACCUCCCUGACGACGACGACGACGAGAGCGUCGACGAGCGAACCCAAAAGAGGGACAAGGAGUGGGAGGCUCGUUACCUCGAGCUGCAGGCUUUCCACAGGCAGCACGGACACUCCAACGUGCCCAAACGCCACGUGGAAAACCCUCCCCUGGGGACGUGGGUGAUGACGCAGAGGAGUAAGAUAAGGAAGGGGCUGCUAGCGGCAGAGAAGAAGUUGUUGCUGGAGGAGCUUAACUUCGAGUGGGAGCUCAAGAAGAAUAAGAACACGAAAGUUGGCAAGGCAAAGACGACCCGCGUGUCUGCUGCCCCGGGGGCGGCAGCCAGGAGAUCUGCCAAGAAGUCGGCGGCUGUCAAGCAAGUUGAGAUGGACUUGUCGGCGUUCCUUGUCAAACACAAGUUGCUCGAUGACGUCGGGCAGCGCGUGCUGGAAGCAAACGUUUCGCUUGCCCAGCUAGCAGCCAUGGAGAAGGAAGAGCUGGUGGAGAAAUUCUCCCUCAACAUGGGGCAGAGAAAGGACCUUGAACAGGCCUUGGAGGACGAAGGGAGGCUGAGGGUGCGAGGGGGGGCAGAGGAGAAUGGGAACGAGGACGAGGAGAUGAAGGAAUUGAUCGUGGCUGAGGAGAAGAGGAGCGGACCCGAGCUGCAGUCUCGAGCUGAAGACAGGAAGGAAGAAGGAAUGGAAGACGAGGAGGAAGAGAACUUGUGGAAAGGACAGGAGUGGAGAGAGAAGAUCGGCGAGGACGAGGAGGAGAAUGAGCAAUGGCGGGGCGGGGAGGAAGAGGUGCAGGGAUCGAAUUUACACGCUCGAGAAACACCUGUGGGUAUCGAUCUGAACAUCCCCGUCAUUCAUGAGGAUGGAACGGCUCUGAGUGUGAUUGAAAUCCUUCAAGCCAUGGGCAAGUUGAGAAACAAUGAAACAGAACAUUACAAAGCUCUCGAGAUCCAAGAGGGAAUCCAGUCGCACAGACUUGCCCUGCAAGACAGUCUCGUGAGAUCUGCUGACAUCAUGAAAGCUCAACAGUUGAGGGAAGCGACAAAGAUGUUUUAUGUGAAGAAAUAUUUCUCAGAGAAUGCGAUCGGGUCUGAAGAAGUGGAAAGAGACGUGAACAACAUGGUCGAGUGUCCGGGCAUCAUCGGCGAGCGGGAGGAAUGGAAGCAGCACAGAGGAAAUGAAACUUUCACUCCUGGACAAAUUUCAAUGCAUCAGUGGUACAAAUGGUUCAAAGAAAACAAGAACUUGAGCCUUGCAGGCGUCGACUAUGAAAACCUAGUCGUCGACCAACUCCCACAAGUCCCAAAGAAGAUCUAUGCAGAGAGCGUGAUAGGCAGGUUGGAAGAGAAGAAGCACGUGGAGGAUCGUUUUAUGGUCCGGCACAUGCAACGUUGGAGAGGUCGAGCUGUGAAGUUUGUCUCUGACUUGCCGUCAGUCGAGGGAUUGAUCGAGAGCAUGUGGAAAGAAGGGUGGGACGUGGAGAAACUUUUCGGGGAGCAGGCGAAUGUGAUCCUCCGCUCCAAGUAUCCUUAUUAUCCUCUCCGAGGAACCGGGAUCGGCAUCGAGUGGAUGCGGCAGGGAGCAGAGCUCAUCGUCACGAGAGUCGCCGGCGACAGUCCGUGCAGGGGGAAGGUGGAGACCGGGGACACUAUCUGCUUUGUAGACGGGGAGCUGGUGACGACGGAGCGGAUGUGCGAGAAGCUGAUACGAGGAGAGCCGGGCUCUGAGAUCUCGCUCGUGGUGCUGCCGAAGGCGACCAAGAGGAGGCUAGAGUACUCGGAUAUUGAGCUGACAGACCUGGUGGAGGUCAAGGUUCCCAGGAUGGAGUUUCAUCCUGACAUGCUGAGGGAGCACAAGACGGUGACCCCAGACUACAUCUUCUAG